UACUCUAAUUAGUUUACCCUCUUAAGUUAGGCUUUUAAGAAUGUCUACCUGAAUCCCUCUGAAAUGAGAAAACAUGAAAUCUAAAAUUAUUCUAACAAUGCUGCAAAAUUGCACCUCCUCCUCAUUGAAAAGCCCCAGCAUUCGGGCCAGUUUGCACUGGUAGUAAAACAUUAGGGCACCUGUGUGCAGGAGUGAAAAUACUGAAGCAGUUUCCUGUACUCAGGUAAUCUGUUGUUUUAUGGCUUGCAGAGGCAGACAAGAAAUAGUAACACUUAAAAAGAGAGGGAAAAGAGUUUAUGCUAGCAAAGUAAAAACUGUGUCAUUCCAACUUUCCUCAACUAGGAGAAAACACUGCCAAACCUUUUCUGAGGCACUCUGAAAUGAAGAUAAUUACAAUGAAAUGAUGACCAGUAAGAGCAAGAAAGCAGAAGGGUGAAAUGGAAAAUAAUUCGAGUAACACUAGGAAGUAUUUUGGUUAAUGUAUAGCUUGCCUAGCAGUCUAAGUUUAACAAGAAUCAUGAUAUCGUUUAACUCAAAAGUUGUUUCUUUCAGAUAGAAAUGUAGCCUGAUAUUUUUUGACUUGUAGCUUGAAAAAAAUGCAACAAUGAAAAUGAAUUUCAUGCUAGUAGACACUGUUAAAACUAGAUUUAGCUGCAGUCACAUUAGCUUAGAUAAUGGGAGAAUUUUUCUUCAUUGAAAAUGCUCCCUGUCGCUUAAGAAGAACUCACUGAGGCAGCCUGCCAUCUAGCUUUUUCACAGCAAAACAGACUUGCAGACUGCAGAUGAGAGACUCAGGAGCAGAGACAAUUUUAACUUAGCCAUCCCUAAUUUAUUUCAAGCUUUUUCAAUUCAUCUUCACUGCUGUAUGCACACUGGAACACCAGAUUGUCAUCCCUUGGGAACAGAAUGCAAACAGGGAUCUAGAGAGCUGUCACAUCCCGAGAAAUAUUUAAAUUGUGCUGAUUUUCUUCUGGAGUACUGAGCAGAGGGAAUGAAACUCUCCAUCAAGUCAUAGCUUUGCGGGCAAUAGAUCAGAGGAUACUGCCAGUUUUUUAAUGGAUUAUUGUUAUCGGGCAGGUUCGUCCUGAAGAUGGUGAGAAGUGCAUACCUUUGACCCUUUGUCAAUGACCCUCUGAUCAGCGGCCCUCAUCAGGCCAAAUAUAGCAUGGAAAAGAAUUUCCAGAAUGUUCUUGAAGUGAGGAAUCCCAGGAGACAGUUUAAAUGAGGUCGCAGAAACUUCCUGGUAUAGCAGAAGAGCGACAAGACUGGGUUCCAGACUCUUCCAAGCAGAGAGUUGAACUGUGAUCUUCCUAAUCAGACAACCAACCCUCACUUUAAUGUAGCAGGAUUGUCAUUGGAAGGAGUGAAAGGCUGAGUACUGACCCUCCCUGCACCCCUUUGAUGCUAACUGUGCUUGUCAUCUGACAAUUGACCUUUUUUGUGAAGACUGAAAUAAAAAAAGGCAUUGAACAUGUCAGCCUUCUCCACGGUGUUCAUUAUUAGCUUCACCUCCACAUUCAGUAAGGAUUGGCCAGCAACCUCUUCAACCUUACGGAUUUGAGGAACUAGGAUGAUUAUCUUAUAGCUGGACCUUUCAACUGGCAAAGACAAGUGGCUGUUGUCUUAUAGUGCCCUUUUGAAACCUGAUUUCCAGGUGAUACCAAAAUGGCAUCAAAACGAUCAGGACACUGGAUGAUUAUCAAAGAGACACCGUAUGUACUACUUCACAUGAGACUCGCAUUGAAAUAUUUGGAUAAAAUGAGAUGCUUACGGAAGCGAUCAGCAGUAUCAUUCUUAGGAGUCCUUGUUAUUUGCCUGCUGUUCAUGAACUUAUACAUUGAAGAUGGUUAUGUAUUGGAAGGGGACAAGCAAUUAAUCAGAGAAGCAGCCACACACCAGCUUAAUUCAGAGCGUUAUGUUCACACUUUUAAAGACUUAUCUAAUUUCUCAGGAUCUAUAAAUGUUUCCUAUCGCUACCUAGCUGGCACGCCUUUGCCAAGGAAAAGAUAUCUUACAAUUGGACUAUCAUCAGUGAAACGGAAAAAGGGAAAUUAUUUGCUUGAGACAAUCAAGUCCAUAUUUGAGCAAUCAAGUUACGAGGAACUUAAGGAAAUUGCAGUGGUUGUGCAACUUGCAGACUUUGAUUCCUCCUGGUGUGAAGGGAUGGUCCAGGAUAUUUCACAGAAAUUUGCCCAUCACAUCAUUGCUGGUAGGUUAAUAGUUAUCCAUGUCCCUGAGGAGUACUAUCCAGUCCUGGAUGGCCUUAAGAGAAAUUACAAUGACCCAGAAGACCGUGUGAAGUUCAGAUCCAAACAAAAUGUCGAUUAUGCUUUCCUGCUUAACUUCUGUGCUAAUCUUUCUGAUUAUUAUGUGAUGCUUGAAGAUGAUGUUCGAUGCUCAAAAAACUUCUUGACUGCUGUUAAGAAAGUAAUUACCUCACGAGAAGGAUCUUACUGGGUAACUUUGGAGUUUUCCAAAUUGGGCUAUAUUGGAAAGCUGUACCACACCCAUGACCUCCCACGCCUGGCCCACUUUUUGUUGAUGUUUUACCAGGAAAUGCCUUGUGAUUGGCUGCUAAUCCACUUCCGUGGGCUGCUAGCUCAAAAGGAAGUCAUCCGCUUUAAGCCAUCUCUGUUCCAGCACAUGGGAUAUUAUUCAUCUUACAAAGGAGCUGAGAACAAGCUGAAGGAUGAUGACUUUGAAGAGGAUUCAUUUGACAUCCCUGACAACCCACCUGCAAAUUUGCAUACCAACAUGAAUGUAUUUGAAAACUAUGAAGCAAGCAAAGCUUACAGUAGCAUUGAUGAGUACUUCUGGGGCAAAGCUCCUUCUACGGGAGAUUUCUUUGUGAUUGUGUUUGAAAAGCCUAUUAAAAUCAGCAAAAUUAAAGUUGUCACUGGAACUGAAGACCGGCAAAAUGACAUUUUGCAUCAUGGAGCCCUAGAAGUAGGGGAAAAAAUUGUAGGGAGCAAAAAGGGGAGGCAAUGUACUACUUAUUUGAGACUAGGAGAGUUCAAAAAUGGAAACUUUGAAAUGACAGAUGUGGAGCACAAAGUACUGUUUGAUAUUAACUGCAUGAGAAUACUCGUUACCAAAAGUCAAAAGGAGUGGCUGAUCAUUAGGAGCAUUAGCAUUUGGACUUCUCAGGCACCAAAUCAAUAAGGCCAAGCUAUUCAAGCAGGACCUCCUUCUUUUCCUGGCGGAGAUGCACCAUCAGUUGGGUCCCAGAUGGUGCCAUUCCCCAAGGGGAAAAACAUACUUCCAAUUCUUUACUAUUGACACUGGAAAUCUGGGAAAAUCAUAAAAACAAGCAAAAGCAAUUUAUUUUUUACUAGUUUGGCCAGGCAAUAUACUAACACAAGUUUGUUGGAAUGUUCAAGUUUUAUAGGAAAUGUUGACAAGUUCUUGUUCAUCUCUUAAGAUCCAAACCCCACUUUUCUUUUCUUUUAAUUUCUCUGCUGUACUAAAAAAAGAACAAAUGCUAUUCCUUUAUGCCAUUGUUAUAUAAAGGCUUUGACCAAUAUGUUGUCAAAAGAGACUUGAUUCCUUCAUAUCCACAUAUAAAUUAAAAGUCUGAUGGUAGUAUCUGUAUGUACAGUAGUUGGUGGCAUGUUUGUUUUAAAGGCAGUUGUGAUGGAGGAAGUCUGUUAUUGAGUUAUCAGUGUCUUUUGAGCACUGCAAGAGAACAAUGUGGCUAAAUAUUUAAGUUAUUUAAAUGAAUGUGUAUACAUAUUUAUACAAUUACAAAUAAGGCCUGACAAUUCUGCAAAAAUGGGUAAUUGCAUUCACCAUUCUUUCUCAACAAUUAUGCUUUGUUCCUGUCCCAGAAUUGAGGUAUUCAAAGAAGACACCAGAUGGAUUUUUUGAGUAGGAUCCCAUCUUGCCAUCCCCAUUCAAACAGAAUUCCAUCCAGUGAAUCAGAGCUUUGCUUAAAUAAAGAUUGCAGGAUAAAAUUGGGGAGCACAAAGGACAAAAUUCUUCUGUUAUAUUUGCUUGGUAGCAAUUCCCAUCUUCAAGAGUUUUGUCCUCAGUGUUUAGAUAUCCAUUUCACAUAAUACAAUGCAAGAGAAAGCUCUACCAAGCUCAGCAGCUGGUACUAGAGAUAACUAGUCUUUUCUGGUUGAUGUUUCUAUAAUAGAGCUGUGUGAAAUGCUCCCCACCAUUUGCAAAAUCAGGAAUCUUGGGUUUGCUGGAUUUGUGAAAAGUAAACAUUUUUACAUUAUUUCAGAAUUUUUUCAAAGUUUUCCUGUCCUGAAAGAAUUGUUUUAGGAACCAUCAACCCCAGGUGUUGUGUCAGCCCAUAUAUAUAUACAUAACAUGGGCCUGAUCUCAUAAUAGAUUCAAUAUCUGUUCCCAAGAUUGCAUAUAUUGCUAUGUGCCCUUAAAUUACUGGUCAUAUAUAUGUUAUGCGUGCGCACGCACACACAUUCACACACACACAGAGUAUAUAUUACAGAAAUGAAUCUGGAUUGGCAUAUGUGUUUGUGUUUAUAUAAGUAUACACACACAUUUAUAUGCAUACACACACCUAUAUGCAUGCAUGCACACACACACACAGUGGUGUUGUAUGUGUAUGUACAUACAUUUACACAUACACACACCCCAUAUGCAAACAUACACUUGCAUGUAUUUACAUACAUGCAUACACACAUAUGCAUACACACACACACAUGUGCACAUGUGUGUACACGUGUAGAUACUGUAAUAGUAAGGGCUUUGCUUAAUGCUCAUAGCAAGUUUUGUAUGCUGACUCCAUAGUAGGCCGGUAUUCUAGCACGUAGAUUUUUGCUUUGUAAGAGUGACCAAACCAUGAACCUAGAUAGUAGAAUGUUGUAAUACAGUGGAAUGUGGUAAACACCAGGUGUGUUGGAUCACAACUCAUCCCCAAAUUCUUAGCUUGGGAUAACCAAAUCCCUAGUUCGAGAUAAUUUUAUUUACUCCAGACUAUAUAAGCUGUACAUUCUUAAUAUAUGGUAGUUCCUCAAACUCUGGCAAGAAUCCUGACUUGCACAGGGCCCGGUGCAGGCUAUCGCAUCCCCGGGAUCGAGACACUCCGGGGCCAGGGGAAUUAUGUGGGGUAGCGGCUGCUGCCUAGAGCCGAUGUUAAGUGAUCAUCCUUUUUGCUUUGUUUUAUUGCCGGCCUUUGCGAGUAUCCUUAAAUAAAGCUUUGCAAGAGUGAAAAAUAAAUAAAUAAAUAAAAAGCUACAUGCUGUAAUACCAGCCUACUAUAAAGUCAGCAUGCAAAACUCUGGCUAUGAGCAUCAAGCAAAGCCCUUAUUAUUACAUAUACAUAUAUACACAAAUACAUACAUACAUACAUACACGUGUGUAGACACAUGCAUGGCUAUAUAUAUAUAUACCUAUGUAUACCACACACACAUGCACACACACACAUGCCUCAACGGGAAAAAGAAACAAACAUGUAUAUCAGUGCAUGUAUGGGGUGAUGUAUGCGUGUAUGUAUGCAUAUACUCGCAUACAUGCUUACAUGUACACCUGUGGUUAUAGAUACCAUAUUUACUCAAUUUCAAGAUUAGGCUUUUUUCCCCAUUUAACAUGAAGGGGAAAGCCCCUUGUCAUGGGGGAGCCAGGUAGGUUCUGUGGCUAAGGCUCCAGCCCCUACUGCAGGUCAGGGCCACUUCUACUUGCCCUCCCUCCCCUUUUGCACCUAGUCAUCUCCUCCUUCCAGCAUCUUUCCCCCAUCUCCCCCCCACACACACACAGACUCUUCUCCCCAACCUGGCCCUGUCUCUCCCCCCAUUAUCUUUGCUUCAUUUCAGCAGGCCCUAUCCACCCUGCAGCAUAGGGUACUAAGUACAGCCCCAGCCCAGACCCAUAGCAGCCUGCACAGUUGCUACAGGGGCUGGGUUGGGGCCAUGCUCAGUGCCCCAGGCUAGAACAAGGGUGGAGCCUGUGUGGAGCACAGGCCAGAAGGAAGGGAAAAGCAGAGGCCAGGAGGGAGGGGGGACCCCAAGGCUGUGGGGAGGGACAGACAAGGGGCAGAGGUGGCAGGGCAGCAGGCAUGAGUAGGGGGCAAGCUGCUUGACCAACUGGCACAACCUGCCACCCCACUAUCUGCACCACUGCAGUGGCUGAAUGGAUGAAUUAAAGACAGCCUUCCAAUAAUUAAAUUCUAUACAUGGAAGAUCAUAAAUUAUAAACUUUCCAUGUAUAGAAUCUUUUUACUGGAGGAGCAUCUUAAAUUCAGGGUUGUCUUAGAUUUGAGUAAAUACUGUAUAGGAGGUUUUUUUUCCUUGAGAUGUUCCCAAAACUCUCUUAAAAGGUACUGGGAUUAUAUAAAUGUAUCAAGAGUGGCAUUAAAGGGUACCUAUUUCUAAUCUUCUGAAUUUUAUUUCUAAUCUUAUUAAUACUGCAGUAAUCAUUAAAUUGUACAUACUGGUUUUAGUUGAAUCUAGAAGGUAAGGAUUAAAUUACAAAAACAUCUCACUUACCACAAGUAAACUAAAUGUUGUACUCUUUACAGUAGAAAAAUCUAACAUGGAUACUUCACAAGAGCAAAUUAUUCACAGAGCUACAAGAAGCAACAAGACAAUAGGUUUUACUUAUUCAUAAAUAUCCUAAAUUCAGAUGCAGGUUUGGCAAAUCCCUACUUACAUCAACAAUGUAUAUGUUAAAAUAAAUGGUCUAGUAAACACCUUUACAUUGUUCACAAAAGCAUCCCCUUCCGAAGGGAUGCUUUUGUCAAAGAAGAAGCUUUGUUUCUUUUAUUAUUUAACACCCAACUAGCUCUCUAAUCAGUGUGAAAAGAAGAUAUUGGAAAUACAGCUUUCCAGUUCAAUUUGAAUCAUAUCUGAGAAUUCUUUAAAUUACAAAUAUUCAUGAACCUUGAAACAAUAUUACAGUAUAAGUGAAAGAUAUAAUAUUUUUAAGACCAAGUUCCCUGGUAACUAUGGUCAACUUUAAUGUACCUUUAAAUAUGCAGUGGGUUUUUUUAUUAUUAUUAUUUAUUGAUCAUUAACAAUUGGGAACAAUGGAAUUUAAUAAAGAUCACAAAACUCUAAUUGUUUAGCUAUAUAUGAAUGCAUUAUUUCCAAACUAAAAUGCAUUCUGACUGAGCACAGAUACAAUUCCAAGUCUUAAAUGCCCAUAUAAUCACAACCAUACAAAAUUUAAAUGGUUUAGAAUAAACAAAAUGUUCUAACGCAAGCCUGAAAUAAUUUAGGUCAUAAUUUUAAGCUGUAAAUACAAGCUUAUUCAGUUGGACAAAAAUGUUUCUUAACACUCAUGAAAAUAGCAAAAAUCACUUUUUUUUUUUUGCUGUGUUUCCAAAGAGAAACUCUCUAUGCCCCCCACCCCUUCCCCUAUCCCCAUCACCAUCACCACUGUUCCCUAAUUAUUCCACCCACAAUCAUCUUUCUGGGAGAAAUCCCACUCAAGGGCUUCAUUCUGGCAGGCCACAUGACAUCUAAUAUUUAAGUGUGUUUUUCCAUGGGUAGAAUCCAGAACACUGUGUUGGAUAUCCAGGCUUGCUAUUCAGGGCAUGGAGUAAGUCACCUCAGAAUGGGCAUAUCUACAUGUGCAGCAGACUAUUUUACUGUGCAUUAAAGCAUCAUGUAAAAAAUGUGACAUUAUGCUAAUAUGCAGUAAAAUAGUCUAUUAUGCAUUAAGCAUCACCAUGCAAAUGUGCUAAUGUGCAUUAGGGCAUCCUAAUGCGCAUUAAUUUAGUACCUCAUAUUGGAGGUACUAAAUUUAAUGUGCAUUUGAAAACAUGCAUUAAUGCAUGUGUAGAUGCACCCAAUGGGAUACAAAAUACCUAAGUCAGGAUCCUCCUAGAACUAGCAUGAGAAAUGUUGAGGACAGGGGUAUGUCUUAAAUCUCACUCCUUUGGGUUUAAGUACAUUCAGCCAUUUAAAAUCUACUGACUGUAAUCGUCUUUUGAGGGUUUCAUAGAUUCAUAUAUGCUAGGGUCGGAAGGGACCUCAGCUGAUCAUCGAGUCCGACCCCCUGCCUAGGCAGGAAAGAGUGCUGGGGUCAGAUGACCCCAACCAGAUGCCUGUCCAGCCUUCUCUUAAAGACCCCCAAGGUAGGGGAGAGCACCACCUCCCUUGGAAGCCCAUUCCAAAUUUUGGCCACCCUUACUGUGAAGAAGUUUUUUUCCUGAUAUCUAGACUAAAUCAGGUCGGUGCCUACAACCAGCUUUACACUGAGCUGAACAGGACUCAUUCACUUCUAUUACAACUACGGUUGUUGUACUGCCCAUAAUUUAUAUAAUAAGCUGAUAUUUAGAGCACUCACACAUAAAUUAGGAAGUCUUUGUUUAGUCCCUUCCCCAGCCUAAGUGGGGUUUAAUAGGUAUCAUACACCUCCACCCAGAGUUUCCUAACUACCAGGCUAUAGGUUUCUCUGGGCUUAGAGAAGACUCUUCAUCUGUCCUUGAACAAACUGGGAUACUGAGCACAAAUAAUUCAAAAGUCAUUGGGAUAGAUAAAGAGAACAAGAGGAAGCAUAAUUGUAGCUUAGUUAUUAAAGCAUUUCCCGGAGAAAGUGGAGACCUGUAUUCCAAUCCAUGCUCCAAAAAUUGUUUAUGUAUUCUGUGAUGCUUAUGAUGGCUUUACAACCAGGCUUGGACUUGUUCUGUGCCCCUGAACAAGGAUGAAUUUCACAGUUGUGAGAUGAAAGGCAGAUUUUAUACAUGAAAAAAUAUUCAUGCUGUGAAAAUGAUUUCAUGCUUUGGGACAAAUUUACAAAGCUAAUAAUUUUGCAAGGUCAGCAUUCUCCCACUAAGCUGUAAAAAGUUGUUCCUAGAAGAAAAAAAGCAACAUUUCAGUAAAUUUGUAUGUUCUCACCAAUAUUUUUCGAACUAUUGGAUUUUGUUUUUUGCAAGUGAUCUACAAUGAAGCAAAACCCCCCAGACAAACAACACCCCUUCCCCUCUCUCACUGCCCUCCCCCCCCCCCAACCAAACUGUAAUUUCACACAGGUCUGUUCUUUGGUGUUUACAAGUAUUCCUAUGUUUCUGUUAUUGUGUAUUUUCUGUGUUCAUUUGUGGGUCAGAUGUAAGUUUCCUGAAAAACAGGUAUCAAACCAUUUAGAAAUAUUGUUUUGUGGCCUGCCUACUAUAGAAGAAUAAUAUCUAAACAAUGAGUCAAUUUACUAAACAUAUGUAUAUCAUUCCCAUUGAAAAUCUUCUGGAUUCCCUAGUAUGUAGUGAUUACAAGCUUCCUUACAAGGAGAUAUAGUUUUCCAUCCUUACUCAUGAAGUAUAAUCCCUUUGAGAGGGAAUAAUUGAAGAAUAAAGUGUGACAAUGCAAAUAAGGGGAAAAGAAUAUAGGCCUACUUUACUACAAUUAUCUUACAAACUCAAGUGAAAGUAGCUGGCUGGCUAUACCAUAUCAUUGUAUAUUCCUUGUAGUGUUUAUACCGUGAUGAAAAGACUUCAAUAAGGUGCUAUAUGAAUGUAUUGUUUUCAUAUCAAUCUGACCAUAUAUGAUGUUUUGUUUUACUAACCACACAGUAUUCUGUCGUGUUAGGCACAAUUAAUGUUUUUUCCUUCUUUGAAAAAAACUAAUUAGGAUCUUGUUCUUUACUGAAUUAUUAAAAACAAAAUCAAAAUGAAUGUAAAGGCUUUCUACAGUAUUUCACCUCGGAAAAUAAUAACAGGGAACACAGUCAUCCUUCAAACUGCAGAUACAACUGGACUUCAUUUUGAAAUAUUUUACCAGUCCUGAUGGAAUUGAUACCACUGUGUAAUUUUAUUUGAUUUAAAUUUCCAAUUUUGAGCUCUGCACUAUUUGAAUGUCUUAGGUAUUACUGCUCUUAAUUUCUACUAUGUAAAAUGAGCUUAUGUAAAAUAUUCCAUCUUCCAAUGGCAGGAUGUAUUGUUUUGCAAGAACCAGGUGGGAAAUACAAGUGGAUUCACUGAAAACAAAUAGAAUCAUUCAUUUGUUAUAAUUAAAAUGAGAUAUAUAAGUUGAAUCUUCACCACUGUGGUGUCAACUUUUAAAAAUAAAAGAAAACAAGGGGCUUGAUCCUGCUUUUUUGUUUUGUUUUGUUUUUAAGUAAGUAGCAAAAUUUCCAUCAGUUUCAAUGAGAGCAGGAUUAGGCAGAUUAGGCAUUCAGAGGUAUGGAUUUAUGAACAAAUAUAGAAACAGACUUUCUUGUGGUGCCUUUUUAUAUCAUGCCCCUUCUGAAGUGUGAUGUUUUUCCCAAACUUCAUUGCUCCAUGUUUAAGAGCCCUAAAAUAGUGAAUCAAUUCUAGUGUCAAUUAAUCUGGAGGCUGGAUGCCCAUAAAUCAGAUGGUCCAUAUAGAUUGCUGAAGGAACUGGCAGACAAGGUUCUUUGGGUGAAUCUGGUAUCUUUUAUUAGACCAACUUAAAUAGUUGGAAAACAAUUAUUAAGCAAGCUUUCGGGUUCAAAAACCCUUCAUCAGGCUAAGGAAGUUUCAGCAGUUGGUGUGUGUCAUUCCUGGAUGGAAUGAAAAGUAAAAAAACCAAAGGCUGGUCUGGUAUGCAUACAAGACAGGUAGUCAGUGAAAAUGUAGAUUGAGGAGUCAAUGGGUGAGAGAGAGGCUGGGGGGAGGAGGGAAGAGAGAGAAGGGGAGAAGAAGGAACUGGCAGACAUCAUAGCACAGCCACUGGUGAGGAUAUUUAAGAACCCGUGGUGCUCAGGUGAAGUACCUGAAGAUUGGAAGAGGGUCAAUGUGGUGCCCAUCUUUAAGAAAAGGAGGAAAGAAGACCCAGGAAACUACAGGCCAAUCACUUUGACCUCAAUCCCUGGGAAGAUUUUGGAAAAAAUAUCAGUUAAACCAUUCUUGACAGGCUAACAGAAGGCAACUUUCUGUGGGAUAGUCAGCACAGGUUUGUUGUGGGUAGCUCUUGUUUGACCAAUCUCGUUUCCUUCUACGACCAGGUGAUGUAUCACCUGGACAAAAGGGAAGAGGUUGAUGUCAUAUAUUUGGACUUUAAAAAGCCUUUGACCUGGUGUCCCAUGAUGUCCUCAUGGAAAAAUUGGGCAACUGCAGCCUUAACUACUCCAUAGCCCAGUGGCUGGGGAACUGGCUCUGAGGUCAAACCCAGAGAGUGGUAGUUGACAGAACCAAAUCAACAUGGCACUCAGUGACUAGUGGCAUCUCCCAAGGCUCUAUUCUUGGACCUGUACUCUGUAAUGUCUUCAUAAACAAUCUGGACACUGGUGUCAAAAGUGGACUGGCCAAGUUCACUGACAACACCAAACUUUGGGGAAGAUUAUCCACACUUGAGGAUACGCUGGUGAUCCAGGCCAACUUUACUAGGCUUGCAAGGUGGGAAGAUGAAAACCUGAUGGCAUUCAAUAUGGAGAAAUGCAAGGUGCUCCACCUUGGGAAUAAAAACCCACAUCACACUUAUAGGCUUGGUGAUGCUAUGCUCGCUAGCACCGUGACUGAAAGAGACUUGGGGUUCGUGAUUGUCCACAAGAUGAAUAUGAGCCACCAGUGUGAUAUCUCAGUUGGCAAAGCAAACAAAACUCUGGCUUGCAUCUACCAAUGCAUCCCGAGCAAGACCCAGGACGUCAUACUCCCUCUGUACUCAGCCUUGGUGAGGCCACAGCUGGAGUACUACAUCUAAUUCUGGGCUCCAUAAUUUAGGAAGGAUGUGCAGAAGCUUCAAAGAGUCCAGAGGAAAUCUAUGCACAUAGUCAGAGGGCAAGAGUAUAGGUCUUAUAAAGAGAGACUGCAAGCUAUGGGACUCUUCAGCCUAGAAAAGCAGAGGCUUGGGGGUGACUUGGUAGCAACCUACAAGUACAUACAGGGUAUGCAUCAGAAGCUGGGGGAACACCUGUUUACAAGACCACCCCAGGGGAUGACAAGGUCCAAUGGUCACAAACUCCUGCAAGACUGCUUUAGGCUGGACAUAAGGAAAAACUGCUUUACUGUCUGAGCCCCCAAGGCUUGGAAAAAACUCCCCCCAGAGGUGGUGCAGGCACCUACUCUGGACACUUUCAAGAAGCAUUUAGAAGUUCAUUUUGCUGGGAUUCUUUGACCCUAGCUGAAUUCCUGCCUCUGGGGCAGGGGGCUGGACCUGAUGAUCUUUCACGGUCCCUUCCAGCCCUAACGUCUAUGAAAUCUAUGCUAUUAUUUCUCACAAGCCAAUUUUGGGAUCAUACUUUGGAAAAGUAUGCACUUUUUGAUAUUGCCAAAAAUAACUCGGAUAAGAAACUGUCCACCAUAAAAAUGAGCCACUAAAAUUUAGAGAAAACCAAUGAGUAUUUGAUUAUAUUUUAUUCACUAGUGCAUAUUUGACAAUUAUCAAACUGUGUAGGAAGAGGAUGAAAUUCACUGCUGGAUAGAUGGCUAGUAUAAAAUCCCAGUUAAUUAUUUUAAAAUAGUUUAAGUGUCACAUGCAUUAUUAAUUAAGGCUGUUACUGGCUCUCUCUGUGGUGGUAUUUGUACAUGUUGCCUUUAAAGUAUAAUUCAGCUCUUCAAAAGCAAACUUUUGUUUCCUCAGUUCACCUACUUAAAUACAUCUGUGUCUUACCUACUGUUUUCCUGUUUUCCAUUCAUUCAGACACAUUUGUUUUCUUCCUAUGGUUUCAAAAAACCUGACUCCUGCAACAUCGGUGUUCUCAUCUUGACAGUGUGAACUCUUUGUGUCUGGGAAUUACUUCAUUUCUCUUAUCUGUAUAUAAAAUGCUGCAAUUUCUUAAUAUACCCACAACAUAUUGUGAAAACCAUUACAAGUAUAUACCUUUAUUGGCCUUUCUUCUGUGGACAUUUCUAUGGGCAAGUUUGUCUGUCUCGGUAACUAUAUCAAGGAAAGACAUUUUAACAAAAUGUCUCACAAGUAAAAAGUCUGACAAAGAAAUAAAUUAAUUUUAAUUAUCCAAAUGAAAAUCCAAAUUUGCUGUGUGUUCAUAGAGCAUCUUUUCCAAGUAGUUUGAAAAGAUGAGAUUUGCUCACAGUGCAGUGGUAACCAGGAAAGGUUAAAUAAAGGAACUAAAUGCAGUUAGUAAAUAAAAGAAAAUGUGUGUUGCUGGGUAACUGGAUCAACAGGAACUUUUCUUUUGUGUGAUUGCACUUAAGCUUUUAAACCUGUUAUUAAGGGCAGAUUUCUGUCAGCUGUAUCAUUAAUGCAUUAGCCAUUUUAAAGAAAGGAUGUCCAUGUAGCACCUAGUCUUUGCCCUUUUCUUGCUAUCUCAAUAAAAAUAAUUUGUUCCAUUUUCAAA